AUGUCUACUCUGCUAACCCCGACAAAUCUUUCUUUGGGAAAAUUUCAGAAAAAAAAGAAAAGUGUAAUGAGAAGGAUUAUUUGCCAGUAGGAAUCAAUAUUACUUGUCCUGGUACUGAGUUCGAAAGACCUUCGGUCAGAUUCGUAAACAACAAAAGCUCAUGUUCCAAGCGCAAAAACGAUGUCUUUGGAGACACUUAUGUAGAAGACAGAAGCCGCCAAAAGUCUCACCAACUUUCUUCAUUUGGGGUCAAGAACUUUAGAAGCACAAACUUACUCGAGCAUCACAACAGAUUUAAUAUUCCUGGAAAACUAGGAUUUGAUGUGGGCAAUUCUUCCUCUGGUGGAGAGACAAAUGCUACCGCAAGAACUCGUGUCAAUCACAGGAAAACAAAAUCUACCAAAGUAGAUUGGGUAUAAUGAGAAGGAUUAUUUGCCAGCAGGAAUCAAUAUUACUUGUCCUGGUACUGAGUUCGAAAGACCUUCGGUCAGAUUCGUAAACAACAAAAGCUCAUGUUCCAAGCGCAAAAACGAUGUCUUUGGAGACACUUAUGUAGAAGACAGAAGCCGCCAAAAGUCUCACCAACUUUCUUCAUUUGGGUUCAAGAACUUUAGAAGCACAAACUUACUCGAGCAUCACAACAGAUUUAAUAUUCCUGGAAAACUAGGAUUUGAUGUGGGCAAUUCUUCCUCUGGUGGAGAGACAAAUGCUGCCGCAAGAACUCGUGUCUAUCACAGGAAAACAAAAUCUACCAAAGUAGAUUGGGUAUACUAAACGUGACGGUCUCGCUACAGUCCAAACGGAAAAACUUGUAAAUGUAUCUCCGUGUUGGACGGCAGAAGCAACUGUAACA